GUUUCUCUUGGAACAAAAACGAUGUCGUCUUCGACAUUGACGCCAAUGCAAAGGUACGCUGCCGGAGCUCUGUUCGGUCUGGCCCUUCAUCAGGCCCACAUUCAUCAGACUUGUCCAUUGGGCUUUCCGUCCGACAAGGAGGACCGUAUCAGCAAUGGUAGCAGUAAUGAUUCCGUCUCUGACGACCCUCAACUUUGGGUUCACGAAUCAUCCGGCCUCCUCCGCCCAAUUUUCAAAUUUCUAGAGAUUGAUAAAAAAGCAUGGUCUGGACUAGAGGAAACUGCUGGGUCUUCAUCACCAAAGCAUCACGUUGGAGCGCUUCUAAGGUCACUAUCUGUCUCUGAAGAAGGUGCUGAAUCUUCUUCAGAAGCAGCAGACAAAGAACUUGAUCUUGCAAAGGCCAUCGAUGCUAUGGCAUCAAGCAUGGAGAGAACUUCCCAUAAUGUGUCCAAGAAAGAGAAGCAGUGUGAAUAUGAGCAUAAAUGUCGGGAGAAAUUAUCUCUUGCUGAUACGCAAUCUAGGUCCGAAGUGGAAAAUACUACAAAUGUUGAAAAUCACCAAGAGAAAAGCAAGAAGCCAUCUAGCAUUGAGCAAGCCCAUUUAGAGUCAGUUAGUGGAUUUGAUGAAAAACCUGUGGAGGAGGCAUCGACACUUGAAUACUCUAGGAAAGUUAAUGUUCUCUAUCAACUUUUCUCUGCCUGUCUUGCUCAAUCAUCUGAAGAGAGUAAAAAUUAUACACAAAGGAGGGGUUAUGAUGCACGACAUCGCGUGGCUUUGCGGUUGCUAGCUACAUGGUUUGAUGUCAAAUGGAUCAAAGUGGAAGCCAUUGAAACCACGAUUGCUUGUUCUGCAAUGGCACUGAAAGAAGAAGAAUUAAAGGAACAAAGCCGAUCUCCUAAAAGCUCAUUGGCUAAGUGGAAACGAAGAGGUAUAAUAGGCGCAGCUGCAGUAACUGGAGGAACCUUGUUGGCAGUUACUGGUGGUUUAGCUGCUCCAGCAAUAGCUGCAGGCUUUGGUGCUUUAGCCCCUACCUUGGGGACUCUCGUUCCUGUGAUUGGAGCAAGUGGGUUUGCUGCCGUUGCUGGUGCCGCAGGAAGUGUUGCAGGGUCUGUUGCAGUAGCAGCUUCAUUUGGAGCUGCUGGAGCUGGACUCACAGGAAGUAAAAUGGCCAGGAGAAUAGGAGAUGUUGAUGAAUUUGAGUUCAAGGCUAUAGGAGAAAACCAUAACCAGGGUCGGCUGGCAGUUGAGGUUUUGAUCUCAGGACUUGUUUUUAAGGAAGAAGAUUUUGUAAGACCUUGGGAAGGACAAUAUGAUAAUUCUGAGAGAUAUGUGCUACAGUGGGAGUCAAAGAAUCUUAUUGCUGUAAGCACUGCAAUUCAGGAUUGGUUGACGUCAAGACUUGCAAUGGAGUUGAUGAAGCGAGGUGCUAUGAUGACAGUUUUAAAAACUCUCUUGACAGCAUUGGCUUUGCCAGCAACAUUGCUUGCAAUGACAGAUUUUAUUGACAGCAAAUGGGCAAUUGCUGUGGACAGAUCGGAUAAGGCAGGAAAACUUCUGGCAGAAGUGUUACAGAAAGGAUUACAAGGAAAUAGGCCUGUAACACUUGUUGGGUUUUCACUUGGGGCAAGAGUUAUCUUUAAAUGUCUCCAGGUUCUGUCUGAGAGUGAGAAUACUUCGGGGCUUGUGGAAAGAGUUGUUCUUCUUGGUGCACCCAUUGCAAUUAAAAAUAUGAACUGGGAAGCAGCUAGAAAGGUAGUGGCUGGUCGAUUUGUGAAUGCUUACGCUACAAAUGAUUGGAUGCUAGGAAUUGCCUUUCGUGCCAGUCUCCUGACUCGAGGUUUGGCUGGAAUUCAACCAGUUGAUGUUCCUGGCAUUGAGAACGUUGAUGUAACUGAACUCAUUGAUGGCCAUUCCUCCUAUUUAUGGGCUACCCAAAAGAUCUUAGAUCUACUUGAGCUUGAUGCCUAUUAUCCGGUAGUCCUCGGUCGAGUUGCGCUAUGAAGACAGACGUUGCAACACAUUUUUCUUCCUUAGAUAACUGUAUUUUAGGGGAUUGUAUCUGUUACAGGAAGUCCAUAGGUAGCCAGUUCAUUAUAUGACCACUAACAGGGUUCUAGUCUGGUACUGUAGUUCUUUAUUCAAUUUUUCUCUUUCAAA